AUGACCGAGCACCUACUCGCAAAUCUCGGGGUACCGUACUCUCGACCAGGGACCCCUGGAGCUCACUCUAAUGUACAAAUUGGUUGGAUUGGUCUCGGGCAAAUGGGUUAUUAUAUGGCUCGGAAUUUGGCCAAACGAGUGACACCUCCUGGGUCUCAGCACUUACCUUUGAAAGUUUGGAAUCGCACAGCGAACAAAGCCGAGAAGCUUCAACAGCAGCUCGGCAAAGCACUUAUUAUCAUUGCUGCGGACAUCGAGGAGAUAGCCACAACUUGCGAUGUUAUUAUCACCAACCUCUCUAACGACGAGGUGGUGAAAGAAGUUUACGAGCAAUGUGCCAGGUACCUCAAACUUGCACCUCCAGUGAAGAACAAGAUCUUCGUUGAAACCAGCACGAUCCUGCCACGUCUUUCAGGCGAGCUGGAUUAUCUUAUUUCUCGGCUUGCACAUUGUCAUUAUCUCAGUUGUCCGGUAUUCGGCAGGCCCAAUGUCGCAGAUAAAGCUCAACUUCUAAUCGUAAUGGCGGGCGAGUAUCGCUCAAAGAAAGAAGUAGCGUAUCUGCUUGUCCCUGCUGUAGGUCGCAAGGUCAUAGACCUCGGAGAAAACGUAGAAAAAGCUCCUACUUUCAAACUUCUUGGAAACUCAAUGAUUCUCGGUGCCGUGGAAGUCAUUGCUGAGGCAUACACCCUCGGGGAUAAGGCUGGCAUAGAAGCAGGACGAAUUCAAGAUCUCAUAGGAGAAAUUCUCCCGGCACCUGGUCUAAUGGGUUAUGCCGAUCGGAUGGCCCGCGAUGAUUACAACGGCGAAGAUGGAUUUUCUCUGGAGGGUGGGAUCAAAGAUGCUUCUCACAUUCGCCAUCUCACUGCAAAGUACAGUGCCCCCAUGCCAAUGAUUGAUAUCGCCCAUCAACGCCUGAUAACCGCUCGGGCUAUACAUACAACUCAGAAAGAAGAGGGUACACAAAGUCAUGAUGUUCUUGACUGGACAGCGCUGAUAGCAGGAUCGCGAGUUGCUGCAGGAUUGGACCCUUUCCAAAGCAGAAAGGCUAAGGCUGUCGUCGAAGAGGCAUGA